AUGUCAGCUGAAGAAGAGCUAAGAAUCUUCGAUAUUUACUGGUUUGAGCAUUGCAUCCUUAGGAAAAAACAACCCUCAACCUCAAAUCCAGUUCUUGAUAUUGAUGGAGAGGUUAAACCAAAAUUAAAGCUUUCUUCCACUCCUUCAUUUGUUGUUAGAUCUUUUAGUGCGCAAAAUUUGAGCUCCAAAGAUAGCCCAUCGACUACUUCUCCUGAUCAUCGGUCUCCUUCUCCAAAGUCUGUUCUUCUUUUGCCUAAGCCACAAACGAUUCUGUCUGGGAAGGAAGUCGGAGAGUUUUCAGAAGUAGAAGAAAAUAAAGCUGGUUUUGAUGCAGGGAAAAAGAGGAGGAGAAGAGAGAGGAGAAGAAACAAUAGCAAGAGUUUGUCUGAGCUUGAGUUUGAGGAGUUAAAAGGGUUUAUGGAUCUGGGAUUCGUGUUUUCUGAUGAAGAUAAAGAUUCAAGUUUGGUUUCCAUCAUCCCUGGAUUGCAGAGAUUGGGAAGGAAAGUUGACGAAGAAGAAGAAAAGAAGGAUUUUGCUGAUGAAAAACCUGUUGUUUCAAGGCCAUAUCUAUCUGAAGCAUGGGACGUUUUAGAUGAAAAGAAGGCUGAGAGAAAGGUAAAGAAGAAAUUGAUGAAUUGGAAAAUUAAUCCAGGUUUGGGAAAUGAAAUGGAAAUCAAAGAUCAACUCAGGUUCUGGGCUCAUACUGUUGCAUCUACUGUUAGAUGA